AUGCUGCCAGAGAGCGAGAACAGCUCCUCGUCUACAACCACAGACGUGCAGAGCUCGUCCAAAGAAGACGAGUCAGACGAUUUCAAUUGUGUCUACAGAUGGUUCAAUGUGUGUCCACAGCACAGAGGGCUAUACCCUGCGCCUCAGAAUCCAGAAAGUCCGGACGACUUCGUCAUCCGGCUUGAUGCGAUUCAGUCUGUCUGGAUGCAGGCAGGAUGGCUCCUAAUGGCCUUUUUUGGUGGUGGUGCAUCGGUGCUGCUUGCACGAUGCUUCGUCAAGGCUGAGUCUCGUCUCUCGCACAAUUGGUCGCGAAAGGCAGAGACGUGGUAUUCGCCAGAGAGAGAGCAUGUGUUGGAAUUCAUUCUCGGGGUUUUAACGAUUAUAUCCAUUCUUGACUUUGCAGACUCGACGUGUGAGCUCGAGCAGGGCAAGCGCUACUUCGACUCUUGGAAGCAGCCGGCUUGGUACUUGGAGAACUUGACUGCCAUCCUGUUGCUUUUCUCCGUGUCUUUGCGGCUCUACACAGCGGACUUACGCCUUUCAACCUUCCCUCGCACGCGGUAUUUCUUCACUUCCCCGCUUCUUUGGUCAGAUGUCCUUGCCAUGACUCCGACGCUUCUGGAUCUCAUCUUGCCGCAGUAUGCCGACCUCUUCCCGAACCUCAUCUGGCUGCGAAUGCCGCGCAUGGUAGACGUGUCGCUGCGAGCUGGACAUAGCGAAGAAGGCUUGGGAAUUCUGGCCAAACUUCUUUGGUCGAACUGGAGUUUGCUUCAGAUCUCAAUCUACCUGCUUGGUGCCAUGUGGCUGGCUUGCAGCACCAUCCACUUCUUGACCGAGCGGGAGAACGAGGAGUUCUACUGGGGAGUUGAGCCGGGCUACCACCGGUAUGUCUCCAUCCCUUCGGGCAUGUACUAUGCUUUGAUUGACUUCCAUGGCGAGUUCCCGAAUGCCGAUGAGUUCUCCAGACCGCUUGGGCGGAUGAAUUCAAUGGUGAUCUGCCUGGUGGGGACGGCCUUACUCAGCGUUCCUGCCGGUGUUCUCGGUGCAGCCUUUCAAGAUCACAUCUCCUCGCGACUCUCCCGCAGGCUUCCCCUCCGAUCUGAGGAGCGUCGCCCCCCGCCUUGUUCUGCUGCCUGGGGAGCAUGCAUGGUUGGCUUAGUGUUACUAUCGACCGGCAACUUUGUGUUCCUGACCCGUGUGUACCAGCAGCCCGUGCGGGAGUCGGACACUGAAGGCCGUGCGUAUGGUGCGGAUGGAUGGCAAGCGUCUGCGGUUGCGCCUUGUCGCUACCUGGACAUCAUCUUUGCCUUGCCUUUUCUGGUGCAUUGGUCGCAGCGCCUGCUGUGCACUGCGCACAUUCGCGAGUACCUGCUGAGCAGUGUCCAUCUCGCGGAUCUCUUGGCGUGGCUACCGUCCUAUUUCCUGUGCAUCUCCCUUCUGCUGCACGGCAGCUGUCAGGAGUUCCAGAGCAGCCAACGACAAGCUUACUACAGCAGGGAGCAGCUCGCAUUCCAUGGCAUGUGCAUGUUCCGCUGGAUCAAGUUGGACAGUUUCUUUGGAGGCAUGUUCGAACAACUCCGGCAAGUCCUCCGCGAGAACUAUGUUAUCUUCAGGAUCACCUUCAUUCUGGCAACAGCUCUUUGGAUAUCAGGUUCGGUACUUAUGUAUUAUGCCGAGCGCGACAACCCAGACGAAGGUACUCGGGAUCACUUCCGCACGCUGUUUCUUUCCUUCUGGAUGACUGGACUGGACUUCACCAGCGAAGCUCCCGUGAACGACCAUUCUGCCCAGGGGAAGGCCGUUCACACGCUCAUUAUGCUGGUGGGUGUCGGUGUCUUCACUGUGCCCAUGGGUGUCUUUGGUGCAGCCUUCCGAGAACGUCUGGAUGAGAUGCAUGCUCAGCUUCUCAUGUCCAGGCCCAAUGCUCCGCGCAAGAGCACGGAAGUCCGUCGUGGUUCGGGCACGGCGGUUCUUCUUGCACAGGAGGAGUUCGACAACAUGUCCGUUGCCUUCAACACACUGGCACAGGAACGAGCCUCUGGAGUCUAUCGAGACGUUCAUGACGUAGACGACGAGAAUCUCAUGCGACUGCAGCCUGGAUCUCGCAAAUACCAUUGGUACAGGCUGCUGAUGGGGAAGCGACAUCCAGGCAACGGGGCCGGUGCAAAGUGGCUUCAGCACGCCAUCGUUGCUGUGACUGGACUUUGCUGCUUUGCCUCCUGCGUGGAAACGCUGACCUUCUUUGAUGACUGCGAAGAGACGGCUGCAGCUGCUGAAGACAUGGGCACAGGUCUGGGCUUCACACUGCAUGCUGCGAGCUGCAGCACAUACAGCGGCAUGCUUUCAGCAGUCUCACUGCUGUGUUUGCUUUGCUUCCUGGCGGAGUUUGUCGCUCGGUGCUGGUGCCAUCCGCAGCCUUGGAAGAUGUUCUUGCAUCCAACGGGUGUGGCAGAUCUUCUGGUCAUCGCAGGCUCUCUUCCGAUCACUUUGGCUUACUUGGGAGGAUUUUCCGUAAGCUACCGGCUGCGGAAUUUCGCUGUCACCUUGCGCCUUUGGCGGCUCGCUGCUUUGGAACGCUACGUGCCUGCCUUUGGUGACUUCCUGGAGGUGCUUGCCGGACGCGGCUACCAAAUGCUGCAAGUCUGCUAUGUGCUGACGAGCUUUUGGUUUAUCUUGGCUGCGUACAACUGGUACUUUCUCCAUGGCGAGUUCCAAGUGAAAAGUGAAGACAAGACGUUUGCUUGCUGGUACUCGAACUUCUGGUUUGCAAUGCAAUUUACGCUGAUCCACAUGAGUGGCGACUAUCCAAUGACUGAGUAUCCUGUGAAAGUUCGUCUCGUCCACGCUUGCUCGCUGUUCUCCGCCUGGGCCUUCGUCACCAUGCCGGCAGCCAUGCUAACAUCCGCUUUCCAUGACGCCCUGGAAAAGAGACGGAUCCUGGCAGCGCAGCAGCGAAACCAGGCACUUUGCAAGAUCGUCCGAAUGCUCCGCCGCAUCAUCCUCAGGCGACGUUUCAGGGGUGUCGCGGAGCGCGCCCUGGCGCAGCACUCCAAGCAGAUGACUUCUGUGGGCCUGGCCAGGAAGAAGUAUCCUCGCUUGGCAUGGUUGUUGAUGUUUCUGCACUCCGAUGAGAGAUAUCUUUUCGUGUUGGGAACAGCAACUGUCUUCCAUGUCGGUGUGGCCAGUCUGCGCACCAUUCCGCAACUUCAGCCAGAGGCGAUGACGUGGGAUCUUGUCAUGCUGCCCUGCAUCCUGUUCUUUGCGCUGAACUUCUUGGGUCGCGGGUCCACGGCCUUCAUGAACCCCAGCUACCGCUGCUCCACGCUCUUCUUCGUCUCCAGCUAUCAGCGCAUUCUGCAGCUUGUGGCCUUCUGCCUCUACUUCUAUCACCUCGCCAAACCAGGUGACGAACCACGGCUGAAGCGGGCCUGUGCAGCUCAAGUGAGCUUCAUCGUGAACUUUGGGCAAAUUCUGGGCACCAGCGCGUUGCUGAACCUGGUCUGGGCAGAAAUUCGGGAGUCCGUGAUCGUGAUGAGCUUCGUCUCCGGAACGUUCUGGGUCCUGAGUGCUACUCUCUGGUAUCUUGCGGAGGGUGGAGAGCAGGGCAUGACGGACAUGUUCUCCACCUUGUACUACACAUGUAUCUUCCUCCUGGGAGAGUGGUGCUCGUUCGAUUUCUCGCCAGUAGGCGCAGGACUCAGCAUGCUCUACUCUAUCGUCGGUGUUGGCUUGAAUGCCAUGCCCAUGGCGGCUGUCCAGGAUGCCCUGACGAAUAUGACGGAUUCAGGUGUGUACCAUCUGAUGGUCGAGCGGCGGAGGCUCAUCCACUCGGGGAGCAACCUUCGAGGCUCUGAUGACUCCGACGCGCGGUGGAAGGAGUACCGGCCGCGCAGAACGGAGGUGGAAAUGCAGGUGAUCGAGAGCAUCGAUCAGCCCAUCCUCUGA